CAACACAUCAGCUCUGAGGUCCACUGCAUGAUAAUUCAUGUGUGUGAUCAGAAUUAUUUGGUUGUACAUAGUUGACAGUUGCAGAGUGGCUUUCCAUAUGAUGUUGAGUUUUUUCCUCAAACAACUGAGCUGGACCUACUGGACCUCCAGCUGGAUGAAACAAGGGAACUCACGGUGGACUGGGUGGAUUAUGAAGUUUGAAAGUCUAUAAGUGUAUGCUUGCUGUGUUGCUGUUGUCGUCAAGAUGCUUUCAAAAUAUUUGCAAUGAUAACGGCAUAGCUGUUGAUUCUGAUUUUUCUAAUGCGAAGCAUGGUUGCAGUUAUGACAACGACUGCAGUGGAAAUAACAAGUGCUGUUACAAAAGACAUCGCCGUGUGCGUUGCACCCCAAAAAGGUACAAGAGGGAUUUCAAUGAAAUCAAAUAAAACUCAAUAACAUUAGUAAAAGCCAUGUUCAUAGGACUUCCACUUGUGCAAUGUCUUGAUUUGUCUUUCACAGUGAAGCAUGGAGACUGCCCCAGCCUGGUCUGGUACGGGAAAGCUCAGUGUUCCCACGCACGGCAUCAGUGCUCCCACGACUAUGACUGCGGUGGACAUCACAAGUGCUGCUACCAUGGAUGUUCACGCGUCUGUGUCGCCCCGAACAGAGGAAGAGUCAGGUCAGGAGUGUGUCCCAGCACUCCCUGGAAUGGAGACACCAAGUGUUUCCACGCUCGACAUGAGUGCUCCUAUGACUAUGAGUGUGGCGGAGAUUACAAGUGCUGCUACAAAGGAUGUGCACGAGUGUGUGUUGCACCGCAAAAAGUGAAGUCCGGCGCAUGCCCCAUCUCGCCCUGGUUCGGGGAAAAGAAGUGCUUCUAUGCAAAACAUGAAUGUUCUAAUGACUAUGAAUGUUCUGGACAUCUGAAGUGCUGCUGCAAAGGCUGUAGUCGUGUGUGUGCUGCUCCAUACGCAGGCGACGUCAAGUCUGGAUUGUGCCCCAGCUCGUCCUUCUUCAGGGAUGUAAAGACUUCCUCACAGCUACGCCAUCAGUGCUCCAAUGACAGAGACUGCUCAAACGAUUACAAGUGCUGCUACAGCGGAUAUGAACGUGUGUGUGUUGCACCAUACCGAGUCAAGUCAGGCUUUUGCCCCAUCUUCAACUGGUUCAAGAGCAAGAAGUGUCGUCAUGUGCAGCAUCGGUGCUCUCAUGACGACCACUGCCAGGGACACUACAAGUGCUGCUACAGAGGAUGUGGACGGGUGUGUGUCGCACCAUUUGGCAACAAUGGGAAGUGCCGCAACACUUCCCGGCGCAAGUGUCCUAAAUUUGUGAAGCACGCCUGCUAUAAAGACUCUGACUGCCCAUCGCACAAGAGGUGCUGCGUCAGAGGAUGUCGACGCACCUGUGUUCCUCAAUAUAGACAUAUUGUCCCAUCUUGUAAGGGGUGUGUGUGCGAUGACGACUGUCCUGCAGGACACAAAUGCUGUGUCUUUGACUGCGGAGCUGUCUGCGUUCCCCCUGCUUUCAUGAAGCCAGGACGGUGUCCUCGCAGACAGUGGGGCUUGGGACUGUGUGCCGAGUUCUGCUCCAACGACAGCGACUGUCCCAACGACGAGAAGUGCUGCAGCAACGGAUGUGGACACGAGUGCAUCAAACCAUACACAGUGAAGCCAGGACGCUGCGGCCUUCCCCAGGGAACUCCCAUGUGCGCCGAAUACUGCUACCAUGACGGCCAGUGUCCAGGAGAGCAGAAAUGCUGCAAGACAACCUGCGGACACGCCUGCAGUGAGCCCUGCUGAGCGCACUGUCUGCACCCAACCUCAGUCAAACUAAUCAGUUUCUUUAAUCCAAGAACUGCAAGAAAUGGGAAACUUUGGCACCAAAGUUCGACAUACAUUUACUACUGUUCAUAAUAAGGUUUGUUUUCCAAGAAGACUGUAUACUUAGUUGUAAAGACUUAUCUGUAGUGGAAGAAGUCUAAGAAAAUGUUUCUUUUAUAUCUUUCCUCAAUGUAGCAAUAGGUAUUAUUCUCCUUUACAGAAGAAAUGUCCUAUUUUAACUUCUUCACUUCAUAUAUCAGUUUUGCAAGUACCAGUGUCUUUGCUGAGUCAUGUAACAUUUCAAUCUUCUCAUUCAUACUUUGGAACACUUUCUCUCUUCCACAAUAAAUCUCUUCCA